UUGUUUGUUACGAUUGCAGCACGGCUGAGAAGUGGUAUUGCAAGGGGCCUGCAACUGUGCAUAGUAAGAUUUUUCAGGUCGUUAACAGGUUCGAGAAGCCAGUCGGAUGCCGAUGAAAUGGAAAAUUCGUUGGACGAUUCGUUUGAGUUUGUUGCUGAAUCGGCAGUGGCCGAAGUAGAGCUUACCAGGGUGGAGUGCAAGCAUCGAUUAUAUCGGUCGCAGCCUUUUCGUCUCUCCACUCCCUUGCCGAUCGAAUCUUCAAACAAUAACGUUGUGCAGCGAGCAAGUAGCUCUCUACCAGACCGUUAUGAAGAAAAACAGGACUUGACCAGCUCAACAGUACCGCAAGUUCCUUUCGUGCCCAAAGCGAUUUUUACAAAUUUGAAUCACUUAAAUGCAACUCUUGGUACGUACGAGGCACGUGAAAAAGUACUGGAAAGCUUGAAGCAGCGAAUCCCUUUGAUUGAAGCCGAUACUGGGCGAACUCCUGAACAUGAGUCGGAUGUAAAUGACUGAUC